AUGUACAUAUUACUUUUAAUAAUUUCAUGUACGUCGUACGUAUCGUUUGCAAGGGAUGAGAAUUCCGCAAGCGACUUGGGAGAGGGUUUAAUAUCGUCUUUGAGAAAUGACGCUAACCUAGAUCUCCCCGUAGACGAAGAGUAUGAGGAUCUUCGGGCGCAGCUUUUCGCUUAUCGCAGCGCUCUCGCAUCGCUUGAACCGUCUAGACGAUCCAUGUUAACUACGCAAUGCUGGCGACGUGGUGGCAUUUGCAUCAACUACAAACUCUGCCCGGAGUACAGACAACUCACUGAGAUCCCCGGUUGCAAGAACAGACUCAACGUUUGCUGCUUCGUAUGGAAUAAGUAUGAAGUGCGCGAGCUUCAAGAUCAAGGGAUCAGCAACCUGGCGUAUCCAUGGAAAAUUCAGAGUGAAUAUGGCGGCCAAGGGAUUCAACUUAAGACAAGUACACGUAAACCUCGUAAAAAGAAACUGAAGAUAGAUACUGAUGCAAAUGACAACUUCUUCUGAAUUAGACAAAAGUUGCCGCAAAAAGCAUAUAUAAAAAUUUUAAUACGUUAUUUACUAUGAUAAAAUGUAUUAAUAGUAAAAAGUUUUUACUUAUUUGUUUACACACAUCAGACAGAAAUUCACGCAGUGAAAGUGUCGGACAUUU